AUGAGCCCCUGCGGGCGGGUGCGGCUACACACGUCCAGAGGGGCCAUGGCUGUAUUGGCGUGGAAGUUUCCGCGGACCCGGCUGCCGGUGGGAGCCAGUGCCCUCUGCGUUGUGGUCCUCUGUUGGCUCUACAUCUUCCCGGUCUAUCGGCUGCCCAACGAGAAGGAGAUCGUGCAGGGGGUGCUGCAACAGGGCACGGCGUGGAGGAGGAACCAGACGGCGGCCCGAGUCUUCAGGAAACAAAUGGAAGACUGCUGUGACCCCGCCCAUCUUUUUGCUAUGACUAAAAUGAAUUCCCCCAUGGGGAAGAGCAUGUGGUAUGAUGGGGAGUUUUUAUACUCAUUCACCAUUGACAAUUCAACUUAUUCUCUCUUCCCCCAGGUUAGUAUAGAGUUUGUUGCCUUUCAAUAUAAUUUCUUAUAUUUUUUGAUAUCUCAUGGAAAGGGAACCACAAAUCGUUAUGUCUUCACCAGUAAUCAGCUCGUGCGCUGGGCAUGCACACAAAAGCGGGACUUAUGCAAUCUUCCUCCCCUAUCAAGUGAAUACACUAAAGAUGUUGGGUCCAGAAGUCACCUAGUGACAGCCAAUCCCAGCAUAAUUCGGCAAAGGUUUCAAAACCUGCUUUGGUCCAGAAAGACAUUUGUGGACAACAUGAAAAUCUAUAACCACAGUUACAUCUACAUGCCUGCCUUUUCUAUGAAGACAGGAACGGAGCCAUCCCUCCGAGUUUAUUAUACACUGUCUGACGUUGGUGCCAAUCAAACAGUGCUUUUUGCUAACCCCAACUUUCUGCGUAACAUUGGAAAGUUCUGGAAAAGUAGGGGAAUUCAUGCCAAGCGCCUGUCCACAGGACUCUUUCUGGUGAGUGCAGCCCUGGGUCUUUGUGAAGAGGUGGCCAUCUAUGGCUUCUGGCCCUUCUCUGUGAAUAUGCAAGAGCAGCCCAUCAGCCACCACUAUUACGAUAACGUCCUGCCCUUUUCUGGCUUCCACGCCAUGCCAGAGGAAUUUCUCCAACUCUGGUAUCUUCAUAAAGUUGGUGCACUGAGAAUGCAGCUAGACCCGUGUGAGAACACCUCACUUCAGCCCACUUCCUAGGGACUAUGGAAGAAGAAGGAACUGAGCCAGGGUAUUUUUGUUAGGUUUUCUACGUGACUCCAAAAGAAAAUGGUCAAGUUGUUUCAUGGAUUUGCAUGGGCCACUUGAAAA